CUACUUCUCCAAAACGACAUCAUUUUAUAACUUCAUCAGUUUAUCUCAAAAGUAUUCAUCAAAGUACGUGGCAUCUGCAAAAUCCCAACACUCCAAACACUUCUAAUCAGUUCUACUACUUGUGUGUACUUUGCAGAUUUUUGAAAGUGUACAAAUGACUAUAUAAUAUAGUAAAAAAAAAAUAUAUACAAUUUUUUUGUUAGUAGAAUUAAAGUAAAAAAAAUGCAGGGGUUAGCUUUUCAAUCAACUAAUACUAUAGUAUCAAGUUAUGGCAAGAAAAAGUUUUCAUUUUUUAAUGUGGUGGAUUCUUUUCCUGCAAAACCAUCAAUACCAAGAAGGAGAAUUUUGCCUUUAUUAAGAUGUACAGCGCUUCCGAAGUUGCAUCGAAGGCAUAACAGAAUUAUACCAUAUGCAUCUAAUGUUGGUGUUGGCUCUGGAAGUUUUGAAGAAGGUCAAGGAAACGAAAGCCACAAAGUUUCAGUCAAUCAGCCAUCUGCCGAUGGUUCAUCGAAAAUUGAGUCCCUUCCGAGUCAAAUUCCUUAUCCUCUCUCUAUAGCUCUUGUGCUAUGCGGAUGUUCUUUAGUAUUUUCGCUGAUUGCCUUCACGAAAGGAGGACCUUCAUCACUUGUUGCGGCAUUUACGAAAUCAGGGUUCACUGCUGCAUUCUCGUUGAUAUUUGUAUCUGAGAUUGGAGACAAGACAUUUUUCAUUGCUGCUCUUUUGGCCAUGCAAUAUAAGAGAAUACUGGUCCUUUUGGGAUCAAUGGGGGCUCUUUCACUUAUGUCGGUCCUCUCUGUCAUAAUAGGACGGAUCUUUCAUUCAGUACCUGCUCAGUUUCAAACAACGUUGCCUAUUGGAGAAUAUGCGGCUGUUGCGCUCCUGUUCUUUUUUGGUCUUAAAUCAAUUAAAGAUGCAUGGGAACUUCCAAGCGACGACGUUGAGACUGGUGAAAAGAGUAGUCAGGAACUUGAUGAAUUUGCAGAGGCUGAGGAGCUUGUGAAGGAAAAGGCAUCAAAACGGCUCACAAAUCCGCUUGAAAUUUUGUGGAAGUCUUUUAGCCUUGUAUUUUUUGCUGAAUGGGGAGAUCGAUCAAUGCUUGCUACAAUAGCACUUGGUGCAGCUCAGUCUCCAUGGGGCGUGGCAAGUGGUGCCAUUGCCGGACACUUGGUUGCUACAUCCCUCGCAAUACUUGGAGGUGCAUUUCUCGCCAAUUACAUUUCUGAGAAACUGGUUGGUUACUUGGGUGGUGUCCUAUUCUUAGUAUUUGCUGUUGCUACUUUGUUUGGAGUCUUUUAGCCAAGUUUCACCGAAGAGAAGACAAAAUCGAGAAGUUCCAAGCUGCUUAUUAGCACCGGAUAGAUACUCAAGAAAACGCCAGUGGUAGAGGUCACGAAACUCCUGAUGUACCAUAGAUCAGUAACAUAUUCAUGUUUGGCAUAAAUCAAUGACAUACUUGUACUACUACUGUAGGAUAAGUAGAGAAGAAACUAUAUUAGUGGUCCUUAGGCAACACGAGAUGUGAAAAAUCCUAUGGCCUCCAUCAGAAAAUUUUACUGAGACUUGAUUUCUUUUCCAUGAUUGUUGUAACCAAGUUUUGUACCAGUAUGUGAAAGAAUCAAGAUUUCUGUUUA